AUGAACGCCUCGGGGGACGGGAUCAUGGGGACCCCAACAUCCCGGGUCAUGGGGACCCCAACAUCCCGGGUCAUGGGGACCCCAACAUCCCGGGUUACGGGGACCCCAACAGUCCGGGGUCAGGGGGACCCUAACAGUCCGGGGGGCCUGCGGAACCACGGCCCCUACAUGAGGCCGGUGUACCCAAAGACCUUCCCCAACCUCUACACCCUCGCUACAGGUCUCUACCCAGAAUCCCACGGGAUCGUGGGCAACACCAUGCACGACCCUGUGUUCAACGCGACCUUUACCCUCCGAGGACGGGAGAAGCUAAACCACCGCUGGUGGGGAGGGCAGCCGAUCUGGAUCACCGCGGAGAAACAGGGCGUGAAAGCCGGGACCUUCUUCUGGCCCUGGGUGAUCCCGUUGGAGCGCAGAAUUCUGACCAUCCUCCGUUGGCUCAGCCUCCCUGACAACGAGAGGCCCUACGUCUACGCCGUCCACUCAGAGCAGCCCGACACCUUUGGUCACCGCCUGGGACCCCUCAGCAGUGAGCUGGACAACCCUCUGAAGGAGAUCGACAAUGUGAUUGGUCAGCUGAUGACCGGACUGAAGCAGAUGGGCCUCCACCGCUGUGUCAACGUCAUCGUGGUGGGGGACCACGGUAUGGAGGAGGCCCACUGUGACAAGAUGGAGUUCCUCAGCAGCUACCCGCUGAACAUCGACGAGAUCUCCCUGAUCCCAGGGUCGCUGGGCAGGAUACGGGCCCGCGACCCCAACUCCAUUACCUAUGACCCUCGUGUGGUGGUGGCCAAUCUCACAUGUAAGAUGGCGGGGCAGCACUUUAAGCCCUACCUGAAGCAGCACCUCCCCAAGAGGCUCCACUACGCCAACCACCGCCGCAUCGAGGCCGUGCACCUGCUGAUGGAGCGCAAGUGGCACAUCGCCAGGAAGAUGCCAGAAGUGAGGCGUAUGAGGUGUGGUUUCUUUGGAGAUCACGGCUUUGACAACAAAAUCACCAGCAUGAGGACCAUAUUUGCAGGCCAUGGUCCAAGCUUCAAGUUCCAGAAACAAGUCGCAUCCUUUGAGAACAUUGAGCUUUAUAACAUCAUGUGUGACCUGUUGGGGCUAAAGCCCGCCCCCAACAACGGCACCUAUGGCAGCCUCAACGACAUGCUGCGGGAGCCGCCCUUCCUGCCCACCGUGCCACAGGAAGUGACCUCACCCUCACCCACCUCCCCUCCCAAAACCACCGUCACCUAUGACCUGGGCUGCAGCUGUGAUGAUGAGAACAAGGUGGAGGAGGUUUUCCAGCCCUUCAGCCCUGGGCCCGACGAAGGAUACUCCUACAACACCACCCACCUCCCGCUGGGCCGACCGGCCGUCAUGUUCCCGACAGACUACAUCCUCCUGCACCACCUGGACUUCAUCAGCGGCUACAGCAGAGAGCUGGCCAUGCCCCUGUGGACCUCCUUCACCCUGCUACGACAGGGCUUCACCCCCCCUCCCAGGGGGUCCGGAGGGGAGUGUGUCCGACCGGAUCCCCGGGUUCUGCCGGAGCACAGCCAGAGCUGCAGCCUCUACAGCCAGACCCCCGAGACCGGACCCGGGUUCCUCUUCCCCCCUGAGCUGGCUGGGUCUGCUGAGUCGGCCUACGACGCAUCCCUCAUCACCAACACCGUCCCCAUGUACCCCGCCUUCGCCAGGGUGUGGAGCUACCUGCAGGGGGCGCUGUUGCGGCGCUAUGCGGAGGAGCUGAACGGGGUCAACGUGCUGUUGGGGCCGGUGUUCGACCAGGACUACGACGGCCUCCGGGACACCAGCACCACAGAGGCCCCGCCCCCCCUCCCCAGCCACUACUACGCGGUGGUGAGCAGCUGUGAGGAGGUGAACCAGACGGUGGACGACUGUGAAGGAGGUCUCAAGGUCUUCUCCUUCCUCCUCCCCCAUCGACAAGAUAACGGAGAGAGCUGCAACAGGGGGGAGGAUGAGUCCCAGUGGGUGGAGGAGCUCCUGUCUCUGCACACUGCGCGGGUUCGUGACGUGGAGCUGCUGACCGGUCUGGACCUGUUCCGCUCCGCCAACCUGACCCUCAGCGCCGCCCUGGGCCUGAAGACCUACCUGCACACCUUCGAGCCCGACGACUAGGCCGCCCCGUGACCCCUGGUGACCCCCACAUGACCCCCACAUGCACCCCGAAACCUCCACUACUUCCCACUGGACCAUGGCAGUACACCCCUUACUCCCCCGUACUCACCCCUUGCUCCCCCAUACUCACCCCUUACUCCCCCAUACUCACCCCUUCACAACUCAUGCUCACCCCUUCACACCUCACACUCACCCCUUACUCCCCCAUACUCACCCCUUCACAACUCAUGCUCACCCUUUCACACCUCACACUCACCCCUUACUCCCCCAUACUCACCCCUUCACAACUCAUACUCACCCCUUCAUACCUCACACUCACCCCUCCACACCUCAUACUCACCCCUUACUCCCCCAAACUCACCCCUUCACACCUCACACUCACCUGGCACACACCCCAUCUGACCCUCCUCUAGUCCCACCCUCCUCUAGUCCAGGUGUGUUCUAGGUUCUAGUCCCACCCUCCUCUAGUCCAGGUGUGUUCUAGGUUCUAGUCCCACCCUCCUCUAGUCCAGGUGUGUUCUAGGUUCUAGUCCCACCCUCCUCUAGUCCAGGUGUGUUCUAGGUUCUAGUCCCACCCUCCUCUAGUCCAGGUGUGUUCUAGGUUCUAGUCCCACCCUCCUCUAGUAAGGUGUGUUCUAGGUUCUAGUCCCACCCUCCUCUAGUCCAGGUGUGUUCUAGGUUCUAGUCCGACCCUCCUCUAGUCCAGGUGUGUUCUAGGUUCUAGUCCCACCCUCCUCUAGUCCAGGUGUUGAGGUGUAUAUUUGUAUACAGGUAGUCAUAUUUAUUAUGUAGCAAAACAAACAAAUACUAAACCUUCUUCACCUCUCAUGUUCCCCUCUGAAUACUAUGGAGCUAUUGGUGCUAACAGUAGCACUCACCAGAUGCUAACACUGUCGUGUUCUUGUUGAGAGUAGUUCAAAUCGGGUCGCUUUUAACUCACUUUAUUUGUUAUAGUAUUUCGGUAUGGUAACUAUGAAGCAAAAGGGAGGGAAUUGUAUCUAACAUGCGUGGAGAAAAAUACCGUUGAGCUACUUCAAGAACACGACAACACUAGCACUCAUGCAGUGCUUAUAAUAGCACUCAGCAGAUGCUAAUGCUAACCCUUAAUAUGUGCUAAUUCUAUACACAGUAGAUACUAAUGCUACAAUUCAUGGUGGGCUUAUGGUAUUACUCACCGGAUUGUAAUGCUAGCACCCAUGAAGUGCUAAUGCUAGCAGUAAUCAGGUGCUAUUGCUGUUACUAACCAAAACACUAAUGCUAGCACAGGAGAGGUGCUAUUGCUAGUACUGUGGUAUGUCUACUACUAGACCUAGUACUAGACCUAGUACUAUUGUAAAACUGACCCAGUACUACAGCUAGUACUAUUGUAAUACUGACCCAGUACUACAUGUAGUACUAUUGUAAUACUGACAUAGUGCUAGACCUAGUACUAUUGUAGUACUGACCUAGGAGUAGAAUUCCCCUACUAGUGAAAGAGUACCUGAACAGUUGUGAUGUUUUGUAUUUGAGGACCUAAAGUCCGUCACCUCAUCAUCUCCCUUCUGGGAACACAUGAGGCGGUCACUGUGUGGAGGCGCUGCCAUGACAAACUCUCACUUUUAUAAAAAAGCCUUUUAGCCAAAAUAAUACAGUACUGUUUUUUAUAAUCAGAUAAAUGCAGUAAGAAGUAAACAGCAAAUUGUGUUGUGUGACGUAGUGGAGUAAACGUAGAGAGGUCCAACUCAUGUUAAGUGCUCUCUGUGUGGAGAGAGAUCUCUGUGUUUUUUAAGGCUUAUUGUGGAACAAUACUCCAGGACUCUGAUUGGCUGGGACUGACGGCUAAUGAGAGCCCUGUUGGCUGUGUCUCCUCUGUUUUGAUUGGUGCAUUAACGUGUGAUGAAUAAAGUAAUAAUCUCCUUCAGAUGCCCAUUCAA